GCCUUCUUUUUGCUCAUAAUUACAUACACUUGGAUUUGCUCCUCACUUUAGUGCGCAGGGGAUUGCAGAUUUUUGCUAAACAGUCGGUCUUCCCUACGCUGUCCCACCGUGUCGGAAUUUGAGAAGAGCAGGAAAGGGGGGCUAAUAGUGUGACUGUGGGAGGGACAAAGAGGUCUAGCCUUCCACCCCAGUUUCGAAGCGGGAGCAGAAAAUAAAGGCCGGUAAUGGUGGUGCAUUAAUAACUAAAGAUUGCUAUUGUCUUUCAAAUCUAAGACGCUGGCGUUGCAAUUGCAGAACAUUUUUUUUCUUUCUGUCCCCUUACUGUUUUUUCGGAAGUAGUGAUAACAGCAACCACUACAAGACCAUUCUGUUUGGAUCCACCUUACGUCCCUUUAUUUCUAAAUCUACGACCGCUAAUGUGCAUGUAAAUUGCUGGCCCGUUUUUUUGUCAGGCUAACAUCUUUGCUUUCUUUUAUCUAAACCAAGAAGAGGAUAUCGGCAGCAUCGAGGAGAAAGGAAGGGGAAAUCUGAGAAGGCCUUUAUGCACAGAAGCCUGGAAGGAGGUUUGCCUAUUGAAGACGACAGCAUAAAAGAUUAAUCUUAUAUUUCUUGCUUUGAUAUCCCAGAGAAUUGACAGAAAAUGCAAAACAGUGAAGUAAUAAAGCCUGCCAAAUACUUUUCUGAAGUGGAGAAGAGUGUGCUGCUGGCAUUAGUUGAGAAAUAUAAGUAUGUACUUGAGUGUAAAAAGAGUGAUGCAAGGACUAUUGCACUGAAACAACGGACCUGGCAGGCCCUUGCUCAUGAAUAUAAUUCCCAACCAAAUGUAUCACUCCGAGAUUUCAAGCAGUUGAAAAAAUGUUGGGAGAACAUAAAGGCUCGGACAAAGAAAAUAAUGGCACAUGAAAGACGAGAUAAGGUAAAAAGAUGCAUUAGUCCACUUAUAAGUAAUCACAUCCUAGGAAAAGAGAAGAUCACCAACAUGAUACCAGACCAAGUAUAUUUUUUACAGACUCCACCAGAAGAAGAUUCUGAGUAUCAGCCUGAAACUUCCAAUCAAGAAUCUUUCAGUGUUAUUAACAAAGAAUCAUGUGAUGAAGAGAAAGGACUUGUACAUUUCCAGGUAUGUGAAGGUACCUCACAGUCUGAGCCUUCCUGUUCAGCAGUCAGAGUAACUGGAAAUAAAAACUUCAGAAAUAAAGCUGCUCAAGAAAGUGAUUUGAAAAAGAUGCAUGAAGAGGAACACCAUCAGCAAAUGUCUAUUUUACAAUUGCAACUGAUCCAAAUGAAUGAAGUGCAUGUGGCAAAAAUUCAACAGAUAGAAAGGGAAUGUGAAAUGGCGGAAGAAGAACACAGAAUCAAGAUGGAAGUGUUAAACAAAAAAAAAAUGUACUGGGAAAGGAAACUUCAGACUGUUACAAAAGAAUGGCCUGUAUCAUCUUUUAACAGGCCAUUCCCUAAUUCACCCUAGUACAUGCAGAAGCUGGUGAUUCAUUAGACUGACGUAACUUGAUCAUCAGAAAAUAGUUUGAGAAUUAGGUUCAGUUCCUGUAUUUAGAACGACAGUGUAAUUGUUGGCUAUGAACAAAUAUCACUAAAUACCUAAAGUAGAGUUUAGGUAGGUUUUCAUUUAAUAAAACAACAAAGAAAUCUCCAUAUUUUUGGAGGCAAAAUGUUCAUCUAACUUUUUAAUGGAAUUUCCAGGUAUGCCCAAUAAACCCACUCUUUUCCAUGGUAGCCAGCUCAAUCCAAUUGGGUAUUUUAUGUUAUUUUAUUUUUGUAGCUGAAUUUUUCAAUUAAUUAUUUAAUGAUGAAUGUAUCUUAAGGUACAGUUUCUAAGACUUGAAGAGUGACUCAGUUGAAUUAUCAAGCAAGGUAAAAAGGGCGAUAAUACAGCAAUUGCUGUACAAGAAAAGGAAUUCAGAUUUCCAACAGCUGUCUGAUUAGCCGUCUGUUCAGUCAUAGUUAUAAUUGUGGAAUACUAGAAAUGUGUGUUCCCCCCUUUCUGCCUUCACUUCUGUCCUGAUAGAUCAUCUAGUCUAUUGCCCUUGAUUUGCACUGCAUGGCACAAUCAGCCCACUAGCUGGUAAAACUCACCCUGGCAUCUGGCCUGCAGUAAAAAGAAAUAGCCCACUUCUAUUUGCAGCCUAGUCCUAUGAAUGUUUUAUCCAAAGUAAAUGCAUAUAGAGUUUGCAAUUUAUUAAUUUUAUGCAAGUACUGCUUGUGAAUGUUUGUGGCUUCCUGCUACUAUGUACACAGAUAUUACUGGACACAGGUUUAGAGGCACAUAAUGUUUGAAGCAAGCCUUGUAGAGCUUUUACCUUUGAAAAGAUUAAAAAGAGUUGAAGGAAACAAAUAUAAUAUGAAAUAGAAAGAAAACUAUUCUAACUUUAAAAUAGCUAGUAGCCUAGAAUGUCCACAAUUCAUAUGUAGCAUUAUUUCAGAUUAAUCAGCAGAGAUGGUAGGGACUAGCAUUUUUUCAGAGUAGGAAUUCUGUUGUGUUCAUUGGGUUUCCAAUAAAUCCGAAAUAAUUUCCUUCUGGAAAUUUCUAGAAAAAUUUUUUUUCACUCCGUGCAUUUCUGCUGGUCACUGGCUUGAAGUUUAUUAAGAACAUUACCAAAUCUUUUAAAUAUCUGAAUAGUAGGGUAAAGUUAUUAUUCAUAGAAAGCUACCAGUAAAACAAAAGGGAGGCACAGUUCAUUUCUGAAGGAACAACCUCAUAGCUAUACAACCACCCUAACAUAUUUUUAAUUACUUAUUCUGUUCUCCUUUUGGGUAAUUCUAAAUUAACAAAAGGACGCUGCUUUCUUAUCCAGGUUUAUAGGUGAAUGUUGUGAACAACCUGAAUCCAGAAUUUAAACAUUUGCUUGUUGACUAGCUUGUGUGUUGAAUUUAGUUAAAGCAGUGGAGUCUCAUCCUUUAUAGAACAAAAUGGGCAAAACCAAAACAAUUUAUUUUUUGUAUUUUUUGGUUUUGGCUUAGACUAAAAGGCAAAAACCAUUGGAGUUUUUAAAGCAACUAACUUCAUUUUAAUAUAAAUCUAUUAUCAAAAAAAUCAGUGCAAACUAUAGUUCAAAAUUUGCACUAAGUAAAUUAAAUUUUGUUACUGGUAUGAAUAUACUAUAUAUUUCCAUAGCAUACAUUUAUUUUAUUUUUUUUCUAAUCAUUGGACAUUAUGCCACUUAUAGUAGAAAAUUCUGGAUAAGAGAUUUCACCAUGCAUUCAGCACAUGCAUUGAAGUUACAUUUACAGCUUCAGUGACUUGGAUUAUGUUUUAGAUAUCAUAUUUGUUACUUUUCUUGAGCAUACAAAAUACUAAGACCCGAUUAUUAUUUCCAGUAUUAUAAAGAAGAAGAAAUUAAUUUUUAUAUAUUCUAAGUUUACCUUUACCUACAAAAGAAGCAAGUUAAAAGUUAAUGAAAUCAUAAUUUUACACAACAAAUUAGUGUCAUUUAAUUAUUUAUAUAUUUCCAAAUAAUUGUGUGAUUUUUCCAGUUAGUUUAGUAGCAUUUUUCAAUGGUCUAAUUUGAUAAAAACAAUCGUGUCUUUGAAUUUUAGUUUGUUCCAAACUUGCAUUUGUUUAUUUUUAAUAAUUUAAUAUUGGAAAAAAGUCUUUUCCAAGCUAUCUACAGACUGUUCUUAUUGAAUGGGAUUAUGAUUGGGUUUUUUUUUUAAUUUACUAUUUUUAAAUAAACCAAACUAAAUAAAAAUAAGGGAAUUAUUUUAAAAAACCAAAUAAAUGGGAAAAGACCCAAAGAAUCAUCAAUAUUAAGACAUGGCUGAAAAUGAAAGAGCAAGUAAGGCAUGCAAUUAUUUAAUUCUAUCAUAUCUGGAACUAAUAUGAUAAACACAAAAUCCAAAGAGAUACCAUUAAGCAUACUCAGGGGGUUGAGCAAAUUGGGACUUUUCAAAGGUUAUGUCAACCACUGUUUUAAUACAAGCAAUGAAAUGUAAUUUUUUAUUUUGAGUGAGUGUUGUUGAAGUUAACAAUCUUCCUUUUUGUGAUUCCAUUGGAAAUAUGCUAAAUAUCUUAGUAUAAUGGCUAAAUAUCUGGCUCAAUUUGUUCUAUCCAAUUUCAUUCAUGAAGGUAAAGUUGUAUGGAUAUUUGUUUAAUAACUGUAUGUUUAACAGUUUUUAAACUUCUAAGAGGUCUCUUUGCACUACUGAUAUUUAAUCUGUAUAGAUGUUCUGAUUCAUCAUUUCAGUUCAAGUCUCUACAUAUUUCAGAGCAGGCUAACAUUAUAGAUGAGUUGCAUCUCAGACUGCACAAGUUAAGAACGACCAAGCUAAAUGCAAUGACUAGCACUCUCGAAGUAUGUUUAGCUAAAUGGGUCACCAGUUCAGAUCUUUGUUCAUUUUAUAUUCAAUUUCUAGUGAAUGUCCCAUAAUUUAUAGCAUAUUAUUGUUAUUAUGCUAUGUCUUGAUUUCUGUCACUAGUUAUCAUUAAAGUUUAUAAGUGUCAAAUAUUAGCAUGGGCAAAGAGAACCUUGAAGUAGCAAUAUUGUGAAGAUAAGACAUAUAAAUAACAAUUUGUUGAGUAUCUGUUUCUGCUACCAUAUUCACCAAGUUCUGGUUGUGUAGGUUUAUGGCUGGUGGCGCAUACCAUGCUAGCUUAAAAUGUGGUUUGUUCAGUUUGGCUUAGCCAUUGUCUUAUACAUCAGAAUUUAUGGUUUAGCACUAUAUAUGAUAUAACAUUUAACCAAGACAUUUGUGUAGCUUCAGUAUUGGUGCAAAUAGGACAGCUCCAUCAUUUGUUUCCUGGGUAUGAAAAAAACUAACUGGCUUGGAUCAAAUCCUUCUACAUUUAGCCAUUUUGUUCCAAAUUUGAGAAUGAGUUGACACUACCAAUCAAUCUGUCUACUUCAUUCAAAUAAUUCUAACUUGCAUUGGAUCUAUCCAUUUGACAAUGCAUACCGUGUUUCCCCGAAAAUAAGACUCUCUUAUAUUUUUUUGAACCCUGAAAUAAGCGCUUGGCCUUAUUGCCAUGCACUCAAAAGCCCGAUUGGGCUUAUUAUCAGGGGAUGUCUUAUUUUGGGAGAAACAGGAUAUUACAGAGCCUUUUUGAAAUCUCUUCAAAUUGCAAGAAACCAUCUCAAAUAUCCUCAAACAAGUACCUCUUCAAAUUAGUACCAAAGCUGUUUCUGCUUUUUACAGAAUUCUUUUCAAAAUACAUAAUGGAAAAUAUGGGAAAUUGCUAUUAUGUCCAAAUAUGAAUUGUUGCCCUAUUUGGUCUCUAGAACCAGAACCUUAUGCUUUAUAUAUAAAUAUUUAAAGAAUAAGGGGAACUUCGUUAUGUAUCUUGGCUUCAUGAUAACAUUUUUUGAUGAAGGAUUUGUUCAGUAAUAUUUAUUUUUUCAUCAAAAGAGACUCCAAAAAAAUCCAUAAUGAAAAUUAAUAGUAGGUGUACAUUUUAGUGCCUUGUCUAUUGUAUAAUGUGUAAUCAAAUUAUGGAUUUCUUAUUAAAAAUGUAUCUAAAUAUUGCUAGUAGAAAAAUUCCAUAUGCCUAUAGUUGCUCCCAAUAAAUCAUGAUGUAUUAA